ACAACAAACAAAUAAAUUCUCUCGCUCUCUUCUCCGUUUUCCACGUACUAUCAUCGUGCUGCAACUGCAACAUUACCCUUUUUACUUCCGAUUUUCUGUGUGAACGCCGACAUAGCGUUAAGAAUGCUAGACACAUUCUUCCCUUGGCUGGUCUGUGUUAAUACUGUUGUACUUGGUUAAGUGAACAGGGAUUCCAAAACCUUUUUCGCUACCGGUCGGUCAGCAUCGAAAGACAGCCGAAGCGAGCGAACGGAACUUCUUAAAGGCCAUCGUUUUUUUUUCUAUUUAAUACACCCCGGCGAGGCGCGUGUAGUUUCAUAGAAUGAGCAACAGACGCAAAAAAACCGAUCGAGCCGAUCAUGAAACGCUCCUGCCGCCGGGUGACGAUGACGAGAAGCACGAAAAAAGUGACCUGCUAGGCGACCGGAGCAACAUUGCCAUACUGGUUUUUCUCUACCUGCUGCAAGGCAUUCCGAUUGGAUUGGCCUCGGCCAUACCGAUGCUGCUACAGAAUCGUGGUGCUAGCUACAAGCAGCAGGCCGAAUUCAGUUUCGCUCACUGGCCCUUCAGCCUAAAGCUACUAUGGGCUCCGAUAGUGGAUUCACUGUUUUGGAAACGGUUCGGGCGGCGGAAGUCGUGGCUCAUCCCUACCCAAUAUCUGAUCGGCAUAUUUAUGCUGAUUCUAUCGCUGCACGUGAACCGAUGGUUGGGUGCGGAAAGCAGCUACACCACCGAUGAGCAUUCCAACGUUGAGAGCGGCAGCACACUCAACAUUCCGCUGCUAAGCUUCAUCUUCUUCAUGCUAAACUUCCUGGCCGCUACCCAAGACAUUGCGGUAGACGGUUGGGCCCUGACGAUGCUGAAACGCUGCAACGUGGGUUACGCUUCGACGUGUAACAGUGUCGGUCAGACGGCUGGCUACUUUCUCGGAUACGUUGUCUUUAUGGCACUGGAAUCGGCCGAAUUUUGUAACAGCUAUCUGCGCUCCGAACCCGCGCCCGAGGGUCUGGUGAAUCUGUCCGGAUACCUUUGGUUCUGGGGGUUGGUGUUUAUAGUCACGACCACGCUGGUGGCGCUCGGCAAACGUGAGCUUGCCCCUAGCAUCGAUCGCGGGCACGAGGAGCAUCUGGAGCUGGACAUUAAGCAAACCUAUCGUCUGCUGCUCGAUAUAAUGAAGAUGAAACCGAUCCUAACGCUGGUAGCGAUACUGCUAACGGCAAAGGCCGGUUUUGCAGCGUGCGAUGCCGUUACCUCGCUGAAGCUGAUCGACGCAGGUGUCCCGAAGGAUAAGCUAGCAUUGCUCGUAGUUCCGCUUGUUCCGCUGCAAAUAGUGUUACCGCUAGCGAUCAGCAAGUACACGGCUGGCACACGACCGAUGGAAGUGUAUCUGAAGGCGAUCCCGUACCGGAUAGCACUAACGUUAACGGCGGCCGGUAUCGUGUGGAUCACGCCGGCCAUCAUACACGAUCACCAGGUACCGUACUAUUACUACAUCCUGCUGCUAGUGAACUACGGGCUGUAUCAGAUCGCACUGUACAGCAUGUUUGUGGCCGUGAUGGCGUUUUUCGCUCGCAUAAGCGAUCCCGCCGUCGGUGGCACCUACAUGACGCUGCUGAACACGCUCAGCAACCUCGGCGGGAAUUGGCCAACGACGGUGGUACUGUGGUUGGUCGAUUACGUCACGUGGAGACGGUGCUCGAACGCGGCCAGCAAUGAUUGUUCAGAUGCAGCUUUAAAAGAGACUUGCAUCGCUGGUGGUGGUCAGUGCACGAUCACGAUCGAUGGGUAUUAUGUAGAGAUAUUUAUUUGCCUCCUGUACGGGCUCCUCUGGUACCGGUGGGGCAGUAGCAAAAUUCGUCAGCUACAGGAACUUCCGCUCAAAGCGUGGCGCGUAGCGCGCCAGGUUCACCACCGUGCGCAUAGCAGCUAGCAAUUAAUGCAACUAAUAUGACAAUUCCAUUUUUAUUCGGUGCUUUAAGCGACGAGGGUAAGACGAACUGAUACACAAACAAGCGAAUCCGGCGCCGCUGGAACGUGUGGCGCGCGCAGGGUUUUAGGAAAUGUUUUUUUUUUUUUUAUUAUAUAUAUAAUUUAAACACAAAUCGCCAAGCGGUCGUUGUUGUCGACGUGUAAUGGAGGAGUGGAAGAAAAAGGCGCCAUGGUAACGAUUUUAUAAUAGCCCACCUGAUUGCUUUGUCAGAAAACAGAAAACGCACAAAGUCGUUCUCGUUUCUCCCGGAUGCGAGUGGAGAACAGCACGAUACAAUGAAUAUCGUAGUUCGUUGUUUGCUCUUUAUUUGUUUAGUUAUUCGUUUGUUUCUGUUAGUUUAGAUGCGCUUUCAUUCCCACCCUUACAGUUAGACGGGGAAGUAGUAAUGGACAUUCUUUUUCGUGCUUCAUCAUACAACUACAACUGAGAUGUGUGUAUUUAUCGUAGUACCAAAGCUAGACUACUGCGAUCCGUUUCUAUGGAACACGACACGAAGGAGUACUGGAGAACAAAGCACACAUAUGUUUUAUAAUUAUGUUUGUGUACACGGGGGAAACAAAAAUAAAAAAAAAACAACACAAAAAUACAGUGUGCAAGUAUUUUACCAUCGCAAA